AUGGCUGUUCCCGGAAUCAUAGACUACGAUUUGAUCGAGGGUUCGAAGAGAGCCGCCCGACGAGAACACAAACUUACAGUUCGAGAAGCGGCCUCUAAGCACAGAGCAGCAGUCAUCUGGGCAGCGUUCUUUUGUUUGCCUAACUUGAUUAUCGGAUAUGACCCAACAAUUGUUGGAACGUUAGUUGGUAUACCUGAAUUUCGCAGGAAGUUUGGCUAUGAAUACCCUGCUGGGUCAGGUAGCUAUGUGCUUGCUGCCUCAUGGACAUCUGCAUUUACCUAUGCGCCGGUUAUUGGGUAUAUGCUGUCGGCAAUCUGGGGUGGAUGGUGCGUCGAUCGCUUUGGGCCCCGCAAGACACUCCUGGGCGCUACUGUUCUUUCACUGGCAACUCUUUUAUUGGAAGUUCUCGGUGAAAGUGCGGCUGUCAUCUUCGUUGGUGACCUUUUGACUGGCCUCCUCACAGGCAGCUUCCCUGUUCUUGGACCCGCGUACAUCUCAGAGAUUCUUCCGGUGUGUCUUCGUGGCAUGGGGCUGUCUUGUAACAAUCUCGCUCAGGUCCUUGGAUCACUCAUUGGAAUUGGCAUUUUACGAGGAACGGAAAAUCGAUCAGAUAAAUGGGCUUAUAAGGUUCCCUUUAUCACUGAAUACGCAUUCCCCCUAAUUUUCAUUGUCGGGACGCUUCUAGCCCCUGAAACACCAUGGUUCUUGGUGAAAAAAGGGAGACAUGCUGAAGCAAAAAGGUCACUCGGGCGUACCGGGUACGGAGAUGAUGUCGAAAAUACUCUGGCUCACAUGAAGGAGACUAUAGCUCUGGAGGCAGAGUUAUCAGCCAGUGUUACAUAUUUGGACUGCUUCAGAGGCACCAAUUUUCGGCGAACUCUUAUCUGCGCAAUGGCCUACAGCGGUCAAUUCUUAUGCGGAGUCAACCUCGCUGCCUCUUACUGCACCUACUCUUUUGAACUUGCAGGCCUCAACACAAACCAAGCUUUUGAUAUGUCAUGCGGCCUCUUUGCGCUUGGUGUUGUUGGUGGAUUUCUUUCGUGGCCAUUAAUGACAAUCUGGGGCCGGAGAGCUGGGUAUGUUUGGACUUGCAGCUUCACUACGGUUCUGAUGUAUGUGAUGGGAUUUUUGGGAAUCGCACCCAGCUCUAAUAACGGGGCAAUGUAUGCCAAAUCAAUCAUCCUGCUUCUCUUUUAUUUUGUCUACAACAUUGGUCUGGGUCCUAUCGUUUAUGUCCUGAUUGCAGAAGUUCCGAACACAAUGAUUCGCGGUAAGACAUUGGGUGUGGCCUGCUUCACCCCUCACAUAUUCUCUAUUUCCAUUACCGCUGGACUUCCCUACGCAAUGAGUCCCACGGAAGCCAAUUGGGGGGCAUAUACCGGGUUUCUAUUUGCAGGACUUGGCACGCUUGUCGUUUUAUGGGCAAUAUUCUAUCUACCAGAAACCAAAGGAAGGACAUUUGAGGAGCUUGACAUACUUUUUGAGCGUGGCAUCUCCGCUCGAAAAUUUUCCGAGACUGAUUUAAUAGACUUCAAUCGCGCAGAUGUUGUCGAUGGUAUAGCUGUACUAACGAAGGAAGCUAUUGCGGAGGGGAAAUGA